AUGACACUCGUUCGGACGCCCUUCACGUCGCCGUGGUUUAAACUACGCUCCAACAGUAGUGUUGAACACCGCCAGAAUCCACCAAAGGAUGUGGUGGGGGCGGGAGCACCUGGAACGGCUCGAGGGUCGGAUCAGCUUGAUUUUCAGGAGCCGAACCGGGUAACGGAUCAGACGGUCGAUCAUUCAGCCGAUCUUGCCGCGUUUGCGUCUGCGCAACUUGAUAGCGAACGUUCGACUCGCUCUCUUUGUGUCGAGCUGACUGCAGCUCGUCGGGACAUUGCUCAACUGCAUGAGCAAGUCGCUCCGCUAGUCGACCAGACUGGCUCGUUUAAACGGGACCACUCGAAGGUGGAAUCAGCUCCUGAUCGCGGAGGCGUUCUUCGUCUCUCGAAACGGGUCCGUGCUGAUAGCACGGGCGGACGCAUCCAACGUAAAACUUAG